AAGAAACCACUCCGUUCGCUGCUGAUGCGACAACUCUUUCUGACUUUCGGAUAAGCCAGUGAACAAAAGCAUCGGAUAUGUCAAGCUUAAAUAGCGCCACUCCACCCACGCAUACCCUGCAGCAGUAGCAGUAGUAGUAGAAGUGUAAUUAGCUAAUUAAGGAUCAUUAACAACUAAUGGAGCAGCUUUCGUUUCUCGUGCUCUAUGCACUAUCUCUCCCGCUGCUGCUGUACUGCAGUUGGAGGAUCUUCCACUCCCUGUGGUGGAAGCCGAAGGCGCUGGAGAAGCAGCUACGGCGCCAGGGCAUCAGCGGCAACCCUUACAGGCUCCUUUACGGGGAUAUGAAAGAAGAGAUAGGGGCCAUCAAAGAAGCGUGGUCCAAGCCCAUCAAUCUUACCCACCACAUCGUGCCGCGUGCCGUGCCGUUCAUCUAUCAAACGGUCCAGAGAUACGGGAAGACGAGCACUGUGUGGUUCGGGACGACACCGAGGGUGAUCGUAUGCGAGCCGGAGAUGAUGAGGGAGGUGCUGAUGGACAAGCUGGGGCAGAUCCAGAAGCCACCGGUGAACCCUCUCAUCCAGCUUCUGGCGAUGGGGGUGUCGAGCCUCGAAGGAGAGGAAUGGGCUAAGCGACGGCGGGCCAUCACCCCGGCUUUCCAUCUCGAGAAAUUAAAGGGGAUGAUUCCGGCUUUCCUUACCAGCUGCGUCGACAUGGUUAAGAGGUGGCAGGGCUUAGUAGCCAAAUCUAAUGGAUCUUGUGAGAUAGAUAUUUGGCCCGAGUUGCAGAAUCUGACCGGUGAUGUCAUCUCUCGAACUGCCUUUGGAAGCAGCUAUCAGGAAGGAAAGAAGAUAUUCGAACUGCAAAAAGAGCAAGCCGUGCUUGUCAUCGAGGCUGCGCGGGUUCCUUAUAUCCCCGGCUUCAGGUUUCUACCUACUGCAAAGAAUAGGAGGAGGAUGAACAUAGACAAACAAAUCAAGGGCAUGCUAAGAGAAAUGAUCGAUAAAAAGUUGGGUAUGAUGAGAAGCGGAGAAUCCAUCGGCGACGACUUGCUCGGCUUGCUGCUGCAGCUAAGUAGCGUGAACAACAACGAGGGCUACGGCAUCACAAUAGAGGAUGUAAUAGAGGAGUGCAAGCUAUUCUACUUCGCCGGCCAAGAGACCACCUCUGUGUGGCUCACAUGGACUUUGGUUCUCUUAGCCAAUCAUCCAAUGUGGCAGCGGAGAGCGAGGGAAGAAGUUAUUGCAGUUUGUGGGAGAAACAAACCUGAUUUUGAGUCCACUAGCCACCUUAAGAUCGUUACUAUGAUACUAUAUGAGGUUCUGAGGUUAUAUCCUCCGGUGGUCUCUUUGUUUCGUACUACGAUUAAGAAUACUAAACUAGGAGAGUUCGUCUUUCCGGCCGGCGUAGAUCUUUUGCUGCCGACAAUUCUUAUCCAUCACGAUAGAGAAUUCUGGGGUGAGGAUGCUGAAGAGUUCAACCCGGAGAGAUUUUCAGAAGGGGUUUCGAAGGCAUCGAAAGUUCCGAACGCAUUCUUCCCGUUCGGAUGGGGGCCGAGGAUCUGCUUGGGCCAGAGCUUUGCUAUGAUAGAAGCAAAAAUGGCUUUGGCCACUAUGCUCCAACAUUUCUCUUUUGAACUCUCACCUACAUAUGCUCAUGCUCCCUACACUGUUUUAACUAUGCAGCCACAACAUGGUGCUCAAAUCAUUCUACAACAAAUCGAAGAAACUUGUUAUUAGGAUUGUAAAAUUUCAAUGUAAAAUGUAUCUAUAGUAUCUUUCACUUUGUGUUAAAGAGCCCAAUUGUCUUUCUUAAUAAGAAAUGUACCUAGUUGAUGAUUGAGUUGUGGCUUUUUUU